CUGUCAUGGCAAACAAGCAGCCGAUUGUUUAUAAACAAAAAGUCAAACAAACAAAUAGCUAAAAUUACCAAGUAAAAAAACAAAUAAUUGAACUUCAUUACCAACAGUUGAAAUAAUUAAACAAACGCCAGAGGCGCUGUCUACAUGAUUAAGUUAGUCCUCGUGGGGGGGAACAACCAUCAUACAUUCAUACCAUAUACCAUCAAGCCCAAAACCCAACUAACAAGUAAUAUAACAACCAAGUAACCAACCAAGUAUCAAGUAUAUAAACUAUCCAAGCAAACUUUCAAGGCCUCUCAAGUUUGUAGAGACCCAUAGAGAGAGACAAGACAUCAAGAGAAACACGAGCCAAUACAUCACAGUACAUACACAGUUGAUUGGAACGUCAGCACUGGAGCAGGAAUAGACACCAGGACAUUUUUAAUAUACCUCCUGGCUGAGUCUAUCAUCGUACAUGUCGUUAUCAAUUCCUCAAAAUAAUCUGCCGCUGCUGCUGCUAGUGCAUUUAAUUGACAGUGUGUGGAGUUUUCAUGGGAUUAUUCGCCAUGUGCUGCUCCGGGUGUGACUUGGCGCGGCGUUCACCCAGCAUCCAGUAUCACCAAUGACCAACAUCAUCUCCGUAGCACCAUCACCGUCAUCUGCAAGCCCGGAUGUCAUCUAACACCCAAGUGCGCCAAAACAAGAUUUUUAAAAAAUAGACACGCACACUCACACACAGAACAAGUAAACGGAGUUAACUUUUAGUGUUUUUAAUUUAUUGUUUAAAAAUAUUUUUUAUUGUAUCGAGGCUGAUGUGUACAUGUUUAAGUUGAGUGUGUGAUAUCCUACGAGAUAGAAACAACGGGGAGAUUGAGAGAGGCUGCUGCUGGUGAAGAAUAUAGAGAACGGACAGACAGCCAGUGUUGUAGAGGCGGGGACGAGGCCCGUGCGCGGUAUUGCCCGUCACAUUUUAUACUAAAACUAAAGAAAAAGGAGUCAGAAAAAUAAUUAAAACAAAAUAUAAAUACUCUUGGGCCCUUUUGCGGGUGUGUCGGGCGUGUCUUAUAUUAUAUACACACAUAUAUAUAUAUAUAUGUUUAAUAUUACAAACGUGUUUUAUUAAUGUUUAAUAGUAACCCUCAUCACGGGUUUUACUUACAAGACGGUCUUGUGUUAUUACAAUAAUUAUUACUUGAGUAGUGAUUUUUAAAAUCGUGCAGUGCGGGUGUAAUAGUUGUGUGGUAGAGAUUUUUAGGUAGAUUGAAAUCUAGUGGUAGAAAACGAGAGAGUGCGAGAGAGAAGAGGGGCACUGAGGAUUUAAUACAACAGAGAGAGUAAGAGAACACGAGUCGUGUAUCAAGAUGGCGCAUAAUUUGGCACCGAGCGUUAACUGCUCGCUCGACGACAUCGACUUGAAUGCACUCAAGGAUCCAGCUGGCAUCUUCGAGCUCAUCGAGGUCGUUGGCAAUGGAACUUACGGUCAAGUUUACAAGGGCCGACACACCAAAACGGGUCAGCUGGCGGCCAUUAAAGUUAUGGACGUCACGGAGGACGAAGAAGAAGAAAUAAAACUUGAAAUCAAUGUCCUCAAAAAGUAUUCAAAUCACAGAAAUAUUGCGACAUAUUAUGGAGCUUUUGUUAAAAAAUCACCACCGGGCAAAGAUGACCAGCUGUGGCUGGUUAUGGAGUACUGCGGUGCUGGCUCGGUUACUGAUUUAGUUAAAUCAACAAAAGGCCAAAGUUUAAAGGAGGAGUGGAUCGCUUAUAUCUCGCGAGAGAUUUUGAGAGGACUCAGCUACCUUCACAGUAAUAAAGUCAUUCAUAGGGAUAUUAAAGGACAGAAUGUCUUAUUAACAGAUAAUGCUGAAGUCAAACUAGUUGAUUUCGGUGUAAGUGCACAGUUAGAUCGUACAAUCGGUAGAAGAAAUACAUUCAUUGGUACGCCGUAUUGGAUGGCACCCGAAGUUAUCGCUUGUGAUGAAAAUCCAGACGCAACUUACGACAAUAGAAGUGACCUUUGGUCUCUCGGUAUCACGGCACUUGAAAUGGCCGAGUCACAGCCUCCUCUCUGCGAUUUACAUCCCAUGAGAGCUCUAUUUUUAAUUCCACGUAAUAUGCCACCGAGAUUAAAGUCUAAAAAAUGGGCCAAGAAAUUUCACGGUUUUAUUGAAACGGUCCUAGUAAAGGAUUAUCAUCAAAGGCCGUAUACAGAGCAGCUACUAAAGCAUCCAUUCAUCCGGGACCAGCCGACGGAGCGUCAAGUAAGGAUACAGCUGAAAGACCACAUCGAUCGUUGUAAGAAACGUAAACAAGAGAAAGAACGAGAUGAUUAUCGAUACAGCGGCAGCGAAAAUGAGGAAGAUGAACCAGCGUUGGCUGGCGAACCAUCCUCAAUAGUUCAAGCACCCGGUGGAGAUACACUGCGUCGUAAUUUCCAACAGAUUCAAGAGGGUAGAACGUUGACCCAGGACAUUCCCCAGCAGCCAGCGCAUCCGAACAAAGAAAAACCGUCAAGUAGAGGCCAAAGAGAAAUUCCAGAACCUGGCCCUCCAGCACGACCGGCUAUUCCUCACAGACUUAUUGAACCACAACCGCCUUCUCGACCUCUACCGCCGACUCCAAGAGACGAUCCAAGACAGCCGCACAAAGUAUCUACUCCACCGUCUAAUCAUCAUCCAGCGGUGAAUUCCGGUGGAGCCGGCAGCGGCGGAUCAGGCGGUCAAGCUGCUCCUCAGCGAAAUAGUCAUAUUUUUAAACCUAUGCUGCCACCAAGAAGGCCGGAGGACUUGGACAUGCUGUGUGCUCAACUCAACGAGCUUGGUGUGUCACAGGGCCCAGAAGCCCCGCCGAGGCCCAAUCGUCAGCACAAGAGCCCCGCACCAACACAAUCGGCAAAUGCGGCAACACAUUCGGCUCAACCUGUCGCCAAUAAUGAACAAAACAACAAACAGAUGCCUCAGUCCUCCAGUAUUCUUGAUCAAGCACUAUCUGUUGAGAGUGACAGCGACGACGACUUUGAAGACGCUAGUGGGAAUAAUGCACGUAAUGACGGUACACUAUUGGCCAGUGAUCCACCCAAACCUCUUCCUGAAUUUGCUUUCAGACCGUCUUCAGACUCAUCCUCAUCCUCUUCGCACAAUGCCCAAAAUCACCAUGAAGGAGGUGGCGCGCCAAAUCGACCGUUACCACCAACUCCAGACGAAGAAGAAUCUGGUGACCGUACACUAGUCAUGAAAAGAAAAUUAACACCAAUCACCACAAUCACCAUAACUACAACAACAUCAACAGCAACAACAAUAACAAGUACGACAGCAAUGACAAAUAGCAACAGUAAGACAACAACGACGACGGACGAUAGAGCGGUAGUUGCGAGCAACAGGCACUCCGAGAUUGACGAGCAGCUGCUCCUCAAGGAGUGGGACUUUACUCGCUUCUUUCAAGGGUGUAACGAAAGGUUGGAUAAAAUGAAACAGGAGGCGAGCAGCAGCGGAAAAUCUGCUAGUGAUGAGAGGUCCUCGUCCUCGGGGGAUAGGACAUUGAAGCGCUACGAAGCCGCUGGUUCGAGACGUAAAGAUCAACAGUCUCAAGCUCAACAACCUCAGACCCAAUCUCAACUUCAUCAUCAACAUAAACAGAGUAAUCAUAAAUCGUCUCAACAGUCACAGCCAUCACAACUUAAGGCCGUGCAUCGACGUCAGGAAUCAGAUUCGAAAUUAGGAAACUCUAGUGCGUUUGCACGGGCAUUCAGGCGGGAAAAUUCUGACUUUUUUCCAUCAACGCGACACUCGGCUUAUCUGCAAAAGUCCGAGCCACGGUCUAGUAUAUUUUCCAGUGGCAAUAGACGUGGAAGUGAAAUAAGUGUUGCCGGUAUAUUAGGAAAAAAAUCCAGCGGAUUGGCACCUGGUGAACCGGUAUUGACCGAAUUCUCGUAUGGACGUGAGCCGACGAGCACUAACGCUGGUCGUGGACUACUCCAGCGGCCAAGACGAGAGAAAACAGAGAGUGAAAUUGUUUUUGGUAGCAGUAGCAGUAGUAGACAGCAAGACUUUUUACGUGAACGUCAUGAGGCUAGAUUAUUACGCGCUGCUGCUACUGCUGCUGACGACUCGUCGUCAAGAAGACGGAGUUUUAGACCCUCGGGUAGCCCAACGACAACAAAUUCAUUGAAUGCCACUAAUACGACAAUUUCUUCCGAUGAUGGAGGGACUAUUAAAUCGACGGCUAGUACAACUGCUAGCGAGUACAGCCCGGUUAUCAGUCAGAAUCGUGAAAGUGAUCGUGGAAGAAGUAGCGGCGGUGAGUUCCAGAGGUCAGAUUCGUCACCAGGUUCACGACCGAGCUCAGUACUGCCGGACCUUUUGACCUCGUCACCAGGUCAGCGACAGGACAAAUCAACCAGCGAAGAGCAGUAUCGACAAGCUGUUAAAACACCCGCGCCUCUUGCACUUCAACAGAAACAGCGUUCAUUCCUGACGUUUGGUUUUGGAGCCGGUCCUGCACGGAGAGAAUCACAUGUUAAUGUCAAUGUUACGCCAACAAGUCACGAUUUGUCGUCAGAUACACCGGAGAUAAGGAAAUACAAAAAACGUUUCAAUAGCGAAAUACUUUGCGCUGCAUUAUGGGGCGUGAAUCUACUAAUUGGAACGGAGAAUGGCUUAAUGCUGCUAGACAGAAGCGGACAAGGCAAAGUAUAUCAGUUGAUAAGUAGAAGACGAUUUCAGCAGAUGGAAGUACUCGAAGGACAAAAUAUUCUAGUUACUAUUAGCGGGAAAAAAAAUCGUGUCAGGGUUUACUACCUUUCCUGGCUUAAGAGUAAAAUAUUGCGGACCGAUGGUCACAGCGACCAAGUAGAACGACGUAAUGGUUGGAUAAAUGUAGGCGAUCUCCAGGGUGCUGUGCACUUCAAAAUAGUCAAGUACGAGAGAAUAAAAUUUCUCGUCAUCGCUCUUAAAGACUCGAUAGAGAUUUACGCUUGGGCACCUAAACCCUAUCACAAAUUCAUGGCCUUUAAAUCGUUCGGUGAGCUAGCGCACCGUCCACUACUCGUCGAUCUCACUGUCGAAGAGGGCUCGAGAUUAAAAGUUAUCUACGGCAGCGCUGAUGGCUUUCAUGCGGUUGAUUUGGAUUCCGCGACUGUUUACGAUAUUUAUCUUCCAAAACACACUCAGGGACCCAUUUGUCCACACUGUAUUGUUGCAUUACCGCACAGUAAUGGCAUGCAAUUGUUGUUGUGUUACGACAACGAAGGCGUUUACGUCAAUACCUAUGGCCGUGUGUCCAAGACAAUGGUCUUGCAGUGGGGCGAAAUGCCAACUAGUGUGGCAUACAUUGGUACUGGUCAAAUAAUGGGAUGGGGUAAUAAAGCUAUUGAAAUAAGAAGUGUCGAGACUGGUCAUCUUGAUGGUGUUUUCAUGCACAAAAAAGCUCAACGGCUCAAGUUCCUUUGCGAACGUAAUGAUAAGGUAUUUUUCUCGUCAGCGAAAGGCGGUAGUUCAUGUCAAAUUUACUUCAUGACGUUAAACAAACCGGGUAUGGCUAACUGGUGAUCCCGAA